AUAUGCUUUAUUAUUAUUUUUGCCAGCUAGAGAGGGCGCAAUCAACAUGUCGAAAAUGGAGGUCGACGAUGAAACUUCCAAGCCUGGAACCUCAAAUACAAAUAAUGAAUCCGAAAUGCCAGUUAAUGAAGAUUCUGUUAUGGCAUGUGGUUCUACAACUGGUAGUGUUACCAUAUCAUUGCAUCCUUUAGUAAUUAUGAACAUCUCAGAACAUUGGACACGUACCAGAGCCCAGGAGGGCAAACCGACACAAGUGUUUGGAGCAAUUAUUGGCAAGCAAACGGGCCGCAACAUCGAGAUCAUGAAUUCUUUUGAGUUGAUGUUUGAAUUGAUAGAGGGCGAUAUUGUAAUUGACAGGGAAUAUUACAAUACCAAAGAAGAGCAGUUCAAACAAAUCUUCCAGGAUGAUUUCCUGGGUUGGUACACAUCAGGAGGACCUCCAGAUAAGUCUGACAUCAAAGUUCAUAAACAAAUUUGUGAGAUAAAUGAAAGUCCCAUUUUCCUGAAGCUGAACCCGAUGUCAAGACAUACAGAUUUACCUGUUACAAUCUGUGAAUCAGUGAUCGACUUGGUCAAUGGCCAGGCCACCAUGCUGUUUGUUGAAUUACAGUACACCAUAGCUACAGAGGAAGCAGAGAGAAUCGGUGUCGACCAUGUAGCCAGGCUGUCGUCCUCAGAAACAGCAGAGAGUUCUAAAGUGGCUGAACACCUACAGGCCCAGCACAGCGCCAUCAAGAUGCUUCACAGUCGUGUGAAGCUGAUCCUAGACUAUGUGAAGGCCGUACAAAAUGGCCACGUGCCUAUUAAUCACGAGAUUAUGAGAGAUGCACACAGCUUAUGCCACAGGCUGCCUGUUCUUAGUUCAGAUAAAUUCAAUGGUGACUUCUACAAUCAAUGUAAUGAUGUAUGUCUUAUGGCAUAUCUAGGUGCCAUAACCAAAGGCUGCAACACUAUCAAUCAAUUUGUAAAUAAGUUCAACGUACUCUACGAUAGACAAGGCAUUGGGCGGCGUAUGCGUGGUCUAUUCUUUUGAAAUCCUGCAAUCUUGUACAAGAAACAUCUUUGCUGUUAAUAUCAUCAUCAUCAUCAGAUCAACAAUCACAUUGUGGAAAUUUAUUGUAGGUUACUAUCAUUGAUAGGCUAAGAAAAACAUCUUUAUAUUAUUUUUUAAAGCUGGCUCUUGUUUUUAUUUAUAUUUAUGAUGAUAUUAAAGUUUGAUAUUAUUGAAUUUGCCAAA